CAUAGACAACGCCUCCCUUUACCUCACCCUCUUUUAAAAUUGCUGCCUUCAACUGAAAGAAAAUUAAAUUCUCUGUUGCUGCAUUUAAUUCUGUUGCUGCAUUUAAUAAGCUCAAAAGAGACUCGUGACCAGAAAGUUAGUUCCUUGUUCUGCAGUUCAAGAAACCUGCAAUAUUCCUGUCCAACAAUUGGUGCAAAAGCUACAGGCCAAAUCGAAUGGGGACAUAACUCCUCCACCCACCCCAACAAAUAGAACAUCAAUCCACCAUCAAACUCGCCCCUCGAGAAAAAAAAGAAAAAAAAGAAAAAAAAGGAAAAAAUCGAGACAAGAAACAACAAACCCACACCAAAUCCGAGGCAAAAAUAGAUCAGGUGUGGGUCAUGAAUUAUGAGUUUUUCCAGACCAUGGGGUCGAACGACUCCUGUUCAUCACACCCACGUCACACCCACUGAAUUCCAACCCCACAAAUUCCCUCCGCCCUAGAAAUAUUUCGCCUCUUCCGCCAUUUCAAACCGCCGCCAAACGAACCCUAGGGUUUUGGUUCACCUGUAAAAUUUCUGCCGCAAAACAGAGCCCUAGGGUUUCCCUGCUGUAAAAUUUCUAAUGAAGUCGAUGUACAGAGUCUUCUGGGCCUUAUUAGCGCUGACAUGUUUUUCUUCUUCUUUUUCUGCUAGUUUUCAUGGAAGAAAGAUUUUAGAUUACCCAGAAAUCACAAAUUUUUCUUCUUCUGGAAAUUUUCAUGGAAGAAAGAUUUUGGAUUACCCGGAAAGCCUUCAACCCUCAUUAGCCCCCAACAGGCCUUCCAUAGAUCCCAAUUUGGUGCUCAUUUUAGCGGCUCUUCUCUGCGCUCUUUUCUUCGGCCUGGGCUUAAAUCUCAUGGUCCGCUGCGCUCUCUGCCUCACUUCUGUUCUCAGAGUCCCUGCCAUGGCGGGCCGUGGUCACAUGACGAGCACCGACCAUGCGACCUCGGCGGUGAGCACGGGGAGGGCUAACACGGGGCUGAAAAAGGCGGUUAUCGACGCCCUUCCGCUCGUUGCGUACGGCGGCGCCGCCAUUAGUGGCGGCGUCGACAAUGGUGGCGGCGCCGACAUUGAGUGCGUUAUUUGUUUGAGGGAAUUUGUUGAGGGGGAAAGGGUCAGAGUGCUGCCCAAUUGUGCGCAUUGUUUCCACGUGGAGUGCAUUGAUAGGUGGUUUGUUUCGCAUUCUUUGUGCCCCAUUUGCAGAACUCGUAUGCCCGAGAGCUUGGAGAAGAAAACGGCGGCGGCUAAUGUGCCUGCCAAUGUGCCUUGCAGCAAUUGCGGCCGCACUAAUGGCGAUGAAUCUACGGCUCCGGAUGGGUCCCAGAAUGUUGGGACGCAAUCUGCGCCAUCCGAUUUGGCUUCCUGUAGUGGCACUGGUUCGAAUGUUGUGGCGGAGGGGGCUGUAUCGUAGCCCCUUUGCCCCUUCUGAGCAGAUUGGACUGUAAAUUAUGGUGGUGGGUGUACAUAUUUUAGGUUUAGAUAGAUUGCCGAGGAGUUAAUUGGGUGCAUGAGAGCUUCUGGUGAGAUUUUCUGGACCAAUAAACUGGAUACAAUAUGAAUACACAGGUUAUAUGAAUACACAGGUUGAUAAUGUAAUUUGAAUACACAGGUUGAAUUAUCAAAGGAAUGUAGUUUUUCCAAAGGAAUGUAAGUUUUUUCAAAGUAAUAUAGUUUUUAGACUGCAAAA